CCAAAUACGCGGGAAAAUUAACAUACGUUGAAAAGAAAAGGCAGGCACAAAAAAGUUAAUCUUGGAUUGGAUGGAAGAAAAAAUUUAAUUUAAAUCUUCAAUUAGCUUCACCUUAUUUUUUUUAGCCAUGUCUGUUCCGAACGAUAUGAAAAAUAUUUUAGAUCUUUUUAAAAAGCUGGAAAAGAUUGGAGAAGGAACCUAUGGUGUAGUUUACAAAGGAAUCGAUCGGCAAACAGGAAAAAUCAUUGCCUUGAAGAAAAUAAGACUAGAUGCUGAUACUGAAGGUGUUCCAAGUACAGCAAUCAGAGAAAUUGCAUUGCUUCGAGAAUUGAAUCAUCCCAAUAUAGUACACUUGCUGGAUGUUAUUCAGAGUCAAACAAGACUUUUCCUUGUUUUUGAAUAUUUAAAUCAGGAUUUGAAGAAGUAUAUGGAUACAGCUCCACCUUCAGGGAUUCCAUUAAAUUUAGUCAAGAGUUACUUGUAUCAACUGCUGAGUGGCAUUGCUUUUUGUCAUUCACAUCGUGUCUUGCAUAGAGAUUUAAAACCACAAAAUUUGCUUAUUGACACGGAAGGAAAUAUAAAACUUGCAGAUUUUGGACUUGCUCGUGCAUUUGGUUUACCUGUUCGAAGUUACACUCAUGAAGUAGUUACACUGUGGUAUCGCGCUCCAGAAAUUCUUCUUGGUUGUAAGAUGUACUCAACAGCUGUUGAUGUUUGGAGUAUUGGUUGUAUCUUUGUUGAGAUGAUCACGAAAAAACCUCUUUUUCCUGGAGAUUCUGAAAUUGAUCAAUUAUUUAAAGUAUUUAGGGUCUUGGGCACUCCCAACGAAACUCUAUGGCCUGGUGUGACAGACCUCAAGGAAUUCAAAUCUGAUUUCCCCAAGUGGAAAACGCAAUCUUUUUCAUCAAUCGUUCCAUCAUUGGAUGCAGACGGUAUUGAUUUAUUAGAAAAAAUGCUGACCUAUCAACCAUCGAGGCGUAUCUCUGCGAAGAAUGCGAUGUCGCAUCCAUAUUUUCACGACGUACAACAUCAAGAUAGCGUUUGAUACUUCAAAACAUCGCCAAAAAAAGUUGUGACGUCAAGCCUUUGCGUUUCAUGACAGUUUUGGUUAAAAAUCUUUUCUCGUUAAUAUCGUUUAAACCAAGGCUAGAGAUGGUGGUGAAGAAACAAUUCGUUGCUUUUAAGAAAUUUUGAAAGUCUCCUUGGGCUGUGUUAAUAUAUAAAGAAUUUUUUUAUAAUACUAUAUACUGUUAAGGUUGCUUGUAAGUUAAGUUAUUUAUGCAACGUUUAGUGGCGUUGUCUUUGUAGCUGCCGAAGAGCUUGCGUAUAUGAUAUCAAGUUGUAUGCACGAGUGUGUAUAUGAGUAUUAUUGUGUUGAUCAACAGCAAGUUUCACAAAGUAACAGGUUUGUUCAGUUCGGUAUAUAUAUAUACAUAUAGUUUUUGAGUUAUUACAUUUUAAAUAGAAUGUAAUAAAAACAUCCUGCUAAAAUGCUCUUGCUUUCAGAAGAAGGAAAAACGGUAAAAAAGUGACUAAUUUAGAGGUCUUUGUUUCCAAGUAGCAAAAAAAUUAACUGAUAUUUUUUUAUUUUUUUUUUGCUAUUUGAAAACAAAGGUCUGUCUUAUGUGUGUUCUAGAACUACUGUCUUGGAUAUACUUUUGGACAGAAUACUGAUUUUUUUUUAAAAAAAUUCUCCUGCAAAAAGAUCAGAAAACGGGAGUACUAAAAAAGUCCUGAAAUUUAGUGUUUUUGGAAAAUACCUCAGCUUUAUUGAAAACUAAAGUAUUUCCCCAAAUUAUCAAUCAUUGUAUGUGAUUUUCUGUAUUGAUUCUUAUGAUAAAAUUAUCACGUGACGAUCUAGGGUAAAAGCAGCACCAUAGUGAGAAUUUUUUUUAUUGCGUUGAUAUUUUUUUGUUUAUAUUGUACAUAUGCAUGUAUAUAUAUAUUGCAAAGAAUAAUGUAUUAUUUAUGAAUGAAGACAUGUAUGUUCUCCGUGUUGAUGUACGUUAACUUGAUUGGUUAAUAAAACAAACAUUAAAAACUGAUUGGUGCAUUUGU